UUGAGCUACUGUGGAUGACAGUUUGCUUCGGGCAGCCCUGGGGAGGAGUGAGUAGAGGGGAGAAAACACAACAAGGGACUGGCCUGGAAACAAAAAUGGAGACUUACUGCAACUCAGAGUAUGAUGAAUCACCUGAAGUCUCCGUGGAAGAUGAAGAGGAGGAUGAGGAUGAGCCCCAAGAAAGACAGCUGCUUUCUAACAGUUUGAAAAACCUUAACCAGAACCAUGGAAGGAGAAAAACUAUGUCACUGGAUACAGUGGAUAUUGUUCAAAGUGAAGACAGUGGGUUAACAUGGGAGACCAGUUCAAGCCGAUGUUCCACAUCCCAAGCCUCUGAAACUAGUGCUACAUCUGGUGUUUAUAGUAUGGACAACUCAUACAUAGAUUCUCCUCCAGGGAGAGCUAUGGAUGAAGGAAAGACAGCACAGAAAACAAGUAGCUCAUUAGAUCAAAUGCCAUCAUUUUCAAACCAGAAUACAGUCAUGGAGAGUGAAAGAGAAGCAUUUUCUGUAAUGCACACGAAAGUAACAGUUGAAACAAGAGAAAUGGAUCCUGCUGAUCCACAUUCAUGGCCCUUUCAAGUUCAACCAUCAAAGAUUAAAGACUAUUUGAUACAAAUCACGCAGGAAGUGGAGAGUCCAGUGCCAGCAGAAAAAGAUAAUGCUUUGAAAAAAAAGGGUGAGCUCCCACUCAAAGGGACAGUAAGAGCACGGAUUGAGCAGAUCACUGCAGUGUUGGAAGAGAGAAAUAAAAAGAUUUUCAGGAGGGUGAAUGGAAAAGAUUUGCCUUCAGGUGCAACGAGGAAGCCAAGCGAACAACCAAAAAUAUUCUCCAGGCAAGGCAUUUCUGUAUCAUUAAGGCAUAUUGAAAGAGAUACCAAGGAUAAGAAUAACAAGAAGGAAAUUAUACGCUAUAAUCUCAAGCCUGUGCAGACAAACAUUUCAAAGUCUGGUGUGUCUGCUACUCCCUAUAAAAAAGAUGAGAAGAAAAUGAGAAAAUCUGUUCUGCCAGAAACUCUAAAUAAGGCUUCAGAGAAACCAUCUCCUGUUCUGUCGUCCCUUGCUGGCAAAGCAAAUAAGCCGGACAAUGAAUUCUAUUCACCUGUCACCCAAACAUCAGUGUCAGAACACACAAAGUUUGUUCCACCAGAUGAUCAGGACAAAAUGGAGAAAAAAGCAAAGCAGUAUUUUCUCUCCGAGGCAACCAAUGUCACAUCAAAAAUGUUAUCUAACCUCACUGAUGAAACAGGGAAGCGGAUAAUGGAGCAACAUUUACCAGAGGCCACAGAAGUUCCUCGUAUCUCAGUAGCACCAAGAUCCUCACCAGAGAGAAAGCCAGCUCAGCUGUGCUCACCUGUUUCUGCUGGAUCACUUUCUUACUCUGCUAAUGAAGAGGAGAACCAGACCAAAUCAACUGCAGUUGUGCUAUCAGAAUCUGCAGCUCAGGAUGUACAGUACCCAAAUAUUAUAAAGUCUGAAGCCAUCCAGAAUGAACAUGAACAGUCUCUUAUAGCUGAAACUGCAAGCCAAGAUACUGAACGGUGUCCUUCAAAACUGGAGAGCAAAGAUUUGGCUAUGUUUCAUUCUGCUGAAAAAACUGGGAAGCAAAAAAUUCCUUCUCACUCACCUGCAGAGUCUUUGCCUGAAGAGGCAGAAUCACCACAUUCUGUUAUGGAAACAGAAAAGCAAGACAUGAAGCAGUUGGAGGUGGAAUAUUUAAAGAAAGAUGUACUGAAACAAGCAACUAUAAUGUCACAAACAGAGCCAGAUCACCUGCUAGUGCUGCCUUCAGUAGAAGAAUCAGAGACUAGAGAGGCUGAAACUGUACCUGAUUUAUCUUCCACUAACAACAGAACAGAAAUACAGGAAUGCCCCAGUGUAGAAGAGCAUUUUGGACUUCCACAUUUCUCUCAGCGUAUGGGUAAAGCUGAGAAAGAAGAAAAAGAUUACUUGGGACUGAAUUUAGAAAAGCAAGGUGUUCAGAUACAAGCACCUGUUACCAUCUUACAAGAGCCAGAAUUUCAAGAAGUCUCUUAUUCGAGAGAUAAAGCAGAGAAUCAGACAAAACUGCUAGAAUUUCAACAUCUAGAUUCAUCACUUCCCAUCCCCUCAGCACAAAAAGAAGUUCACCAAUACUCUGUAGCAAUAGUACAGUCGGAAAGUGAAGAGCCAGUUAUUUCUGAACCGAUAAAGUCUCUGCAGGAAUUAGGGCAUACAAAACCAUCACAUCUCAGAGACACAGAAGUAAGUUCAGACUCGCCUACUGAAAUACUCAACGAGACUUCAGAACAACUACCCUCUAUUUCAUCUCUUCCAACUGACAAUGUAGAAAAGCACAGAACUCAGCCAUCCCCAUUAGCAAUACCUCAGUCAGAAAUGCCAAACUCUAUUUUACCAUACAUUGCUGAACAGAUGGAGAAACAGGACAAUCUUCUGUGUUCUCCUGAGAAAGCAAUUUUGAUCUCAGAAAUGCUGUUUCCCACAGUGGCUGUCCAAAAUGCUGGGGUGACAAAAUUAGAAAUUCAGCCAGACUCAACCACAAAAGCUCCCUCUGAAGAAUUAGUGUCUAUUUCAAGAGUGUCUGCUGUUGCUGAAGAGAAGACAAUCUGGCCUGAUUUGUCUCUGUCUGCUGAACCUCCUCCUGAAGCAUCUGUUCGGCUACAAGAGUUAGAAAAUCAUGCCCCUCCAUCUAUAAAAGCAAAUUUGUAUUCUGAAGUUAAGGAUGCAUCAUAUCACACUGGAGGUGACAGCCAGGAAGGAGACCACCAUUUAUUUGCAGCAACACAGCUAGAGAUGAAACAUUCGGUUGCACCUGAAACAAAAGAGCUGAAUAAAAAUGACUCUGUACGAUCCCAGUUGGAGAUGGAAGCAACAGUUGCAUUGAGUUCUGCAGAUGAAACAAAUAACAAAAUUAUGAACCAAUCCAUCAUUGAACUUUCACAUCCAGAUUCACUGGGUCCUGUGUGUGUGCCAGAAAAGCAAGAAAGAGUACAGAUGGAGACAGAAAAAACUCCUCAAGUACUAUCAUCUACAAGUCAACAAAAGGAAGAGUCAAGUGUAUCACAUUCAGUGGAAGAAAUGGUUAUAAAUGAAAUCCAGCUUCAUUUGCCUACAUCUACAAAAGAACCACAAGAUAAUGCUGACAAUUCAACAAGAUUAGCGGCGCCAAAUACUGGAUUGUUAAAUGUACAACAUUCUGUAGCUGAAGUAAUGACACAUGACAUUUCAGCACCUGAAUCAGAAUAUGUGGCAAAUCAACAUAUUCAGUCUGCAGUUGAAGAAUUGGAGCCAGCAAAUGUACAGGUAUUGCCAUCUACAUCUGAAUCAAUAAAGCAUUUUGAUGCAUCUUUCCCACUGCUGAGUGCUGAGGAAAGAGACAAAUUUAUGACUCCAUGGUCAGACCAUGCCCAUCUUAUUUUAUCUGAAACAAAGGGAAAAGAAACUGAACAUUAUUUGCCCACAACUCCAACAUCUUGGUCUGCUCCAGAACCACAAGGAAUUAAAAGUUUUUCAUCUAAUGAGGCAUCCAAACAGUCUCCAGUGAUUUCAUUGAUUUAUACAGGUGACACAGAGUCUCUAGAAAGUUCUGUGCCAGGUCCAGAGCAAUCAAAUUUUCUUUUCUCAGGUUAUAAUGACAAACCACAGAAAGAAGAAAAUCAAUGCCUUUCCCCCAAGAGACAAGAACCUGUGCCGGAGGAGCCACUGUCCAUUACAGCCUUCCUCAUGGGUGAAAUUAGGGAAGAGACCCUUCAUUCAUCCAGUGCUGUAAAAAUUGUGCCUGAAGCAUCUAAGUCUAUUACAGAAGAUGUAGCUUCUGAAACAGUAAAAGAAACAGUUCCUUCUUUCUUACCUGUUUCUGAAGAGAACCUUUCUAAAGAAACUUUUUUGCCAUUUGUUGUUGAUGCAGGAGAGGAACAGCCAUGGUCUCAUUCACUUUUGACUGAAGAGUCAAAACAACUAACUGCUGAAAAAAGAGAUGUCCAAGAUGUUCAGUCUUACUUGCUUGCAACUGCACUGUCUGAGAGAAGGAAGAAGGAUAUUGAGCUAUAUUGUCCUGAAAAGGCACAGCCUGAACCAGAAGAUAGGACAUUAAUGAAUACUGUGGAAGGGAUCAGCAAGCAGGAGAUGCCUCAGUAUUUACUUUCCUCUGCUCAAUCAGCACCCACACAUCAAGGAUUAUUGUAUUCCACCGAGGAAAGAGAUAACCAAGAGAGAACACCUUUGGAGACUGAACAUUCAAAGUCUCUACAGUCACCAGUCUUGCAACAGGAGCCAGAACAUAUAGAUUUACUGCAGCCAAUAAAAGAACUGGAGAUGGAAGCAAUUCAGCUUUAUUCAGUUAUAGCUGUUCAAGAUUUAUACCAGCCUGCUGGAGAGAAGGAAACGGUGGAGCUUAGGGGCUACUUGCCUGAAACUGCAGAAGUUGAUUUUGGAGUGUCCACAUCAUCAGGUUCUAUGGAUGAAGCAGAGCAAAAAGAAAUGCAGUCACCACGUUCUGAAGAUGAAAAGUUAGAAUAUAAACAGUCUGUUUCAGCUCUUCUCACUCAGGUAGUGGAGAAGCAGGUGGGUUGUUCCGAUUCACCAGAAGCCUCAGUAUCAGCAGUGUUGGGACAAUCAAACUCUGCUUUGGUGGAUUUUACUGAAAAACCAAAAGUCCAGCCUUGUCUUCCUGAGACAGCAGUAUCAGAAGAACCAUUUUCCAUUGCUGCAUUCCUCCUUUCUGAGGCAAAAGAAAUGCAAACUUCAUUCCGUAAGAUUGUAGAAAAAGAGAAUAUAGACACUCAACAUUCUUUCAAAGAACCCAGUUUGUUGCUAGAAGGAUCCAGAAGUGGUUCAGCCUUGCCUCCUGAGGCUGAUGUGGCAACUAAGAGGGAAAACCAAUCUUCUCUGACACAUUUUGAAACAGAACAGCUUUCUCAUGAACUUCAAGCAGAGGCUGCUGAUAGAGAAGAUAUCUGUAAUAUUCCCACAGUACCUAAUUUACUUUUGAAUGAAUCUUCUGACACUAUACUAUCAGAACCUAUGAAUGAUAGUCAAUUAUGGUUAGCAGACUCUGAUAAAACUACCAAUAAGGCUAUUGUAAUUAGCAAUGAAAAAGUUUCAGAAAUACAAGACAUAAAGAAUUUUCUUCCAGCAGACGUAACUUGGAAACAACCUGAAAACUACUUACAAAAAGAGAAGAAAUUAAAAGAUAAUGAAAAGCCAAGAGAAAAAACUAUAGCUGCUCCUGAACUUGAUCAAGGAAAAGACUCAUCCAGUAAUUUUGAAGAUCACGAGAUGGUGAAUGUUCAUGUCCCCACACAUGUUUCUUUAACGGAUGAAGAAGAUGCGCACAUGCCAGAGAAAUUAAAAUAUAUGGGACUGGUUUCCUCCCAAAAAACCCAGCCAUUUAAUCUUGUUGAAGAUUUAGCUAUUGACCUGAAAACUUUAAUGUGUAAACCAGAUACAAAAACUUCAGACAACUUUAAAAAAGCCAACUUUGAAAAUAAAGAAAAUGAAUUAACAGAACUUGGUAGAGAAACAGAUGUUCAGGGUAGUAUAGAUAAUGAAAAGGAAAUUGUAACUGUUCCAGAAAACAAAAAUGAUAGUAUUUUAAAUGUCACUCGUUUGGAUUAUUCAGGAAAGCACACCUUGACUGAUGACAGCUCCUUCACACAUACAGGAAAAGAGGAAUUUGCUCAGGGAGUGAACGUUAUACAAGAAAAUGCCGAGAAAACCACAUCUCCAGCUGCAAGCCUGGAAAAUGUUUCAGAGUUUUCCUUACUAGAAAGCAAAAUGGAUGAAACUUUGAAUGGGAAUGAAAAUGCAACAGCUGCUCACAAAGAUAUUUCAAAUGAAGACGAACUAGUUGAUUCUGUUAGGAAAAGUGACAAAAAGACAGAGGAGGAGCUAAACUUAGUAGAUGCACCUUUAUUUAACACAGGAAAUGUUAAUGAAGGACUAAGUGUCUUGCAAGGUGCAUAUGAAUCAAAUAAAAAAGAAUGUGAGUCUGUUUCUAUCCCAUCUGAAGUGAUGGCCCAAGCAGGGGCCUUGCCACCAAGAGAAAUUGUUAAUGAUGCCUUGAUAGAGGGGCCAGCAGAAGUUGCAAGUGAUGUAAAAGUUAUGCGUUGUCAGCCAACACAUGCCAUACCCUUUGGAAGUGGGCUUUAUCGUUUAGGUGCCGCAAGUGAUGAGAACAGUCAGAACAGAGUAGAAGAAGACUCUUCUUCAGAAGCAAGCCAGAUGUUGCCAGAGGAAACAAGUGAUGAGGAGUGUAGUCCUAUACUGGAUUAUGCAGCAACGGUUUAUCAAGAGGAAUCAUCUGUGCAAAAUGAAUCAAAGGCUGUUACUGGUCUUGCAACUGACCAAAUGCAACAAUCUGAAAUAACAGAAGUUGAUGAAGUAGAUAGUGAUGUGAUAAGAAAACCUGUGGCAGAAGGUGCUCAGUUUCCUGAAACAUUGCACCAUGUUAGUGCUGACUGGCAAAGUGAGAAGCAAGUAGAACACAUAGUUUCAGUCCCUGAACCUGUGGCACAAGGUACAUAUGCUUCAGAUCGUGAACAUCUUCCAUCUUGGGACUUUGAGGGGCAAACAUAUGAUAAAAGAGUUGGAGAAAAUAUUCCCAGUGAUCUAGCUAUGCACAAUAGAGAAGAUACAAAACAACUUUCAGCAUCUGAAGCAAAAUCUGACAGAGCGUUUGGAGAACUUGACUUCUCUCUUUUGUCACAUGAUUUUGAAUCUUAUCCAUUAUACUCAAUAAAAGAGGAAGAAUACAGUGAUGAUGAAGAUCUGGCUGAGCUCCUGGGAUAUGAAACGGUGACACGAGAUGAUGCUUUUCAAGAAGAAACAGCCUCAGAGUUAGCUCGUGAAGAACUGCUGUUUGAUGACAGAAAAUCUUUAGACCGCAUUAGUGAUAGCUAUGAAUUUAUAAAUGAAAAAGAAGCUAGUGCAUAUGCUGAAGAAGAGGAGUUGAUGGGUCUUGAAAAGCUACCAAAGAAUGCUCCAGAAAGUGAGGUUCUACAGGGAGAAACAGAACUGGCACAGUUAGAUGCCUAUUGCUGCAAGUGCAAGUGUCCCAUAUCUGCAGAUGACAAGCUUUGGGGAGAGCAUAAAGACCACAGCGUGACAAACCUGGACACGGGUGUGACUGAGUUGAAGGGCCAAUUGGAUGGAUUCCUAGAUGUUUUACAAGAAAGGUCUUUGAAGAUUGAAGGAUUUGUCAGUGAGAUAGAGGCCCUUUUCAAUACUCUUGAGGAAAACUGUAAGGGAAAGGAGCAGCUUUUGGAAGAGCAAAAUGAAAACAUUGUCAAGACAGUGCUAGGGCACCAUGACCAGAAGGCACAGAAAUUUGAAGAAAUGAAGAGCACAAAGAUGGAGGAGCUCUAUGAACACAUGGUUGAUUUUCAAAAAUAUAUUGACACAGCAAAAGAAACCUUGGAGUCUGUCAUGAAGGAAACUGAAGAAAUGGAUGAUUUUGUUUACCUAAAGUCAUCAGAAGAAAUAAACGAAAGGUUACUUUCUGCUGUGGAACAUAUUCAGGCUUUAGAAAAAAUGCCUGCUGCAUUUUCGCAUUUUGAACUUUUUGCAAGCAAUUCAGCAAGUGGUAACUGGACAUUAGAACACAUGCCUGUUCCACAGACCCCUAGAUUACAGCCUCAGGAGCCAAAUUCAGCUACGAGCACAUCAAUUGCAGUUUACUGGACUGUGAGUGAAGAUGAUGUUAUUGAUUUCUUCCAAGUCUAUUGUAUGGAGGAACGCCCAGGAAGGCAAGAACAAAGUGGGUUGGUAGAAGAAUAUCGUGUUACGGUGAAAGAGAGCAACUGCAUUUUGGAAGACCUGGAACCUGGCCACUGCUAUAGUGUGUGGAUUAUGGCUGUGAACUACACAGGAUGUAGCUUUCCUAGUGAGAAAUCCAUAUUUAGAACUGCUCCCCCAACCCCUGUAAUAAAGGCUGAAGACUGCACAGUAUGUUGGGAUACUGCCACCAUUCGCUGGAGCACUGGCAACUCGGAAGCAACAGACUCUUUCACGCUUGAGUACUGCAGGCAGUAUUCUCCAGAAGGAGAAGGCCUCAGGUCUCUGGCUGGAAUUAAAAGACAAGAACUGAAAGUUAACGUAGAACCAAAUAUAAAUUAUUUCUUCUAUGUGAGAGCUGUUAACGUCUUUGGAAUGAGUGAACAGAGUGAAGCUGCUCUCAUCUCGACAAAAGGAACUAGAUUCCACAUAAUGAGAGAAACAGCUUACCCUGCAUUGCAAGUGUCUCCCAAUGGAACCAUGAUAUGCCUUCCCAAGGAAACCCAAAUUUCUGGAAUCUCACCAGUUUGGGGAGAGCUUUUGUCUUCUCGAGGACGACAUUACUGGGAAGUCACUGUGACCGGCUGUGAGACUUACAAGAUUGGGAUCUGCUACUCCAGUGCACCACCCGACAGUAUCCUGGGGCAGAACAGGUCUUCUUGGUGCUUGUAUUGUCCUAGCAAAACGAGUCUCAUCUACCAAGUCCUCCACAAUGGUGAGAUGAGUGAUGUUCUUGUGACGGAACAGCCAGCCCGGAUUGGCAUUCUGCUGGACUAUGACACUGGAAGGCUCUUGUUUUUCAACGCAGAACGAGGACAAGUCCUCUUUGCCAUCAGGCAGAAAUUUACUGCUGCAGCUCACCCGGCCUUUGGGUUGGAGCAGCCAGGAAUCCUUCACCUCCAUACAGGCAUGGAACUACCAGAAUUUGUGAAGCAUAGCUGAAAGUUUUCUUCCCAUAUACCUGCAGGACAAACAAUCAGAUUGUUAUUUUUUUAAAGGCUUAGAAUGGUCAUUUUCACCUCUAUAAUAUAUGCUAUAAAUACAAAGAACUACACAGGAAGC